UUACAAGCAUUUAGUCGGAGGCUGUAGCUGCAUGUGUCCAGCCUGAAAAUGUCGACAAAAACUCUCACCUUAGAGGGUCUACCGGACGACCUGGACCGAAUUAAAGCUAAGUUAGACUUGUACUUCCAAAACAAGCGGAGGUCUGGUGGAGAGAUCCUCGAGCUGAAAGCGGAUCCCGCCGAUACAAGAAGGGCUUUACUUGUAUAUAACGACGACGCAGCACUGCAAAAGGUUUUGUCCAAAAAAACCCACCAGAUUGAUUUCAAAGAGCCAUUUGGAGUGGUGGAGCUUCAGGUGAAAUUGACUGAGGAUGUCAAAGCACACAUCAAGAAAAAACCACCAGUCUUACCUCGUCCUGACAAAGAGAAGAUCAGCCAGUGGAAAUCUUCAAAUAACCAACCUGCUGGACAAAAGACACUGAUUCCCUGUCAAGCAGAUUCUGAUGGCAGACAUGCAGAGGCAGAGACAUACACACUGCUUGUCAUCGCUGAGCAGGCUAAAGACUUCCUUCAGAUGUAUUUCGAACAGUUUAUCUCUGAUCCCGGUCUUACCAAAUAUGGGAAAAAUACCUGGAUCCUCAAACUGUCCAAUAAGACAGACAUGGAGAAAGUCUGUGCCAAGAAGGUCCAUGACUAUGGGAUAUCUGUGUCCGUCUACAAUGUAAAGAGCACAGAGGAGCAGCUGGACCCCAGGCGGUUUGUCCUGAGUGGCUUUGAUGACAGCUGCAUCAGCAGCUUUGUGUCUGUCUACAUAGGCAGCUGCAGUCAGGGGGCUGAGCAUGUCUGGGAGGCUCUUGAUGACCAGGACAGAAUUGUGGUCACCUUCACUCAGGACAUUGAUGUAAGCCACUUCCUGACAAAGUGUUCCACCAAGAAGUUCCAGGAUAAAGAUAUUGGGGCUCAUCGUCUGGAGCUGACUGACUCUGUUCUUGUCCAAGGAGACCUGAGUCAAAUCACAGAGGAGGCCCUCAACCUGUACUUCUCCAGUAAACGAAGCAGAGGGGGUGACAUCAAGUCCCUUAUCUGGGUCAGCAAAACAAAAAGUAUCAUCAUAACGUUUGAAGAAUGUCAGGUUGCACAAAGGGUGGCAGACCACAAGCACACUCUGGCUGGAAAGGAGCUUGUUGCUCAGCUCUUCUAUUCCAGCCUGCAGAAAGCUUUGACAAGACAAACAUCCUUCCAACCAAGCAUCACAACUGAUGUGGUCAUCCCUGUUAGCCCAGAGCUCCUCAGGUUUAUUGGCCUGAAUGAAUUCCACAAACAGGAGUUCACAUCUGCACUUAAAAAGGUCCAUGCCAGUGUUUGCCUAGUGAUGGACAGUGAACAGCCUCAUAUUGAAUUGAAGACAUCCAUGGACAAGCAGUCUCUGGGCAUGCUCCGACAGGGCCAUUCCUGGGAAAGGAACACUCGGACAGCGGCUCAAAACCAGCUGAUAAAAUAUAUGGAAGACCAUAUACCUGUUGAGGGAGAGGUUUGGCAGGGAAUUGAGAACAGUUGCCUUGAGCUCAACACAGGCAAUGCCUGCAUCUCUUUCAAGAGUAGUGUCUCAGAGAUAGUGGUAGCUGGCAUGCAAGCUGAAGUAAAGACACUUGCAGAGAAGAUUAAAAAAAUGGCAGAAAAGGCCAGCAGUGACCUCCACAUGAAGAGAGACACAAUAGAGAAAAAAAUCAACCUGGACUCAAAGGAAGAGCUAGACCUAAUCUUGCAUAUUGUAUCAAAGAAACAGAUAGACAAUAUGGAACUAUCCAUAGACAAUGAAAGCCAUACCAUAUGUCUGAAGGGCUUGAAGAAUACAGUGAACAAAGUAGAGGAGAUAAUCAAAAAAGCUCAAGAUAAUGUAGUUUCCAGAAAGCUUGAUGUAUCCCUUCAUCUGAUGAAGUUCUUUGAGUCACUUGACUUGAAGAAAUUCCAAAGCGAUCACUUUGCUCAAGACAACAUAAAGGCUGCUUUACUCCUCGGUGAGGACUCCGUACAAAUCCUUGCCGACAAGGCUGACCUCAAAAGAGCUGAAGACAAAUUUCAUGAGAUCAUCAAAGAUGAGGUUGUUGAAAUAUCUGGAGAACAGGUUAAAGUAACCAGUGGUGAACAGUGGGAACAAUUUUUGGCAAAACUCCAAAAAGAUCUUGAAUCCAGCCAGAACCAUAAAAGCAUUAGCAUUGUGCCAUCAGGGGAAAAGAUUGCAGUGUGUGGAUUCUCUAAUGUUGUGGCAGAUGUGCUGAGCAAGACGAGGGGAUACCUGGAAAACAAGAAGCCAGUAACAAUAAGUAUCCCUCUGAAAUCGAUUCAAGAAUUGGAGUUUGUUGAGUCUUGCAUGAAUCUCCCAGAGAGCCCUAACCUCAAGGCGUUGGGUGCCACUGUUCUCCUCUGCAAAACCCAGGGAUCACCUUCCAUAGAUGUUACAGCCUCAAGUGACAAAAUCAAACAAGCCACAGAUGCAGUGAGUGUUCUAAUAAAUGCGAUAAUAACAGAGAAGAACACGUACCGGAGAGCUGGAGAGGCCAAGGUCCUGGAUAAGAAUCAGGUGAUGCUUAUGGCUCAAGCCAGACUUUUGGAUUGCAACCUCCAACUAUCACAGCCAGAAACCAGCAACCAUGAGCAAUACAGCUAUGAUAUAGAAGGGAGAGUUAAACUGACCCUUGGACAUGGUUGCAUUUGCCAGCAAACAGCAGAUGCUUUAAUUUGCCCACUGAGCAGCCUCUCUUUUGACAACCCUGUUGCACAACAGUUCCUCCAGUUUGGAGGACCAGAGAUUAAGAAAGUAAUUGACAAGUUCUUGAAGGAGAAGCAGGGUCCUAUGGCAGGGGAUGUGGUCGUGACCAACCCAGGCACCCUCAAAUGCAAGCAUCUCAUAUAUGCAGUAAUCCCAGUUUGGGGGAACAGCUCCUCAACUCUUCAGUCAACCUACCUACAGGCAGCAGUCCAUCAGAGCUUUGUGAAUGCAGCCAACAAUCAAUGCACCUCCAUCGGCAUGAUACCACUAGGAUGCGGCACCUUUGGGUUUCCUGUACAGGAAAGUUGCAAGGCAAUUAUUACAGGAAUCCACAGCUUUAUUGCUUUGGGCCUUACAGGAUUGACAAACAUCUAUGUGCUUGACUCUGAUGCCAAGGUUGUAGCGGAAUUCAAGUCAGCUAUUGAAGGCUUGGGUUAUAAUCAAAGCAUUUUGCCAAGCCCAAUAUCAGCAGCACCACCUUCACGUGGCGCUUCACUUCCACUACUGCCACCUAAACUAGCUUCAGUCAACACAGUGAUAAAUAGAGUCUCUGUGACUCUGAAGAAAGGAGACAUCACUAAGGAGACAGUUGAUGUCAUUGUGAAUUCAAACAACCAGAAUCUAAAUCUGGACACAGGUGUGUCUGGAGCCAUCCUGAAGGCAGCAGGAAAAUCUGUGGAAGAUGAAUGCCAGAAACAUGGUACCCAGAAGGCUGAUGGGGUUGUGUUCACUGGCAGUGGCAACCUGAACAGCAAAUACAUAGCUCAGAUGGUUGGACCGAACAGUGCCUCUGACAUCUCUGCUUCCAUUGAGAAAGUCCUUCAGUUGUGUGAGAGUAACAUGGCUGCCACAGUGGCAAUUCCUGCCAUCGGCACUGGAAGAGGCGGCAUUGACACCAAGAGUUCUAUCAAGGCCAUUUUGAAAGGAGUGGAGAACCACACCUCACAGACUCCCUCCUCACACCUUAAAAAGAUCUUCAUAGUGGCUUUUCAAGACAGGAUUUUUGAAUCACUGAGGAAAGUUUUCAACAAGAGGAACAGGACACAAAGAAGUGGACAAGCAAGGACAGUACCCACAAAACUGUCUGAUCUCCCGCCAAAUCAAGUUAAAAUCCAAGGCGUCAUGAUUGAAGUGAGGAAAGGCGACAUCACUUACGACGUGGUCAAAGGCAUUGUGAAUACAACCAAUGCUAAUAUCAACUUACAGGGAGGUGUCUCUGGGGCAAUUCUAAAGGCAGCCGGGCCUGCAGUUGAACAGGAAUGCACCAAUAUCCGCCCUUUGAAAGGCUCCGAGGCGGCAGUGACCAGUGGUGGAGCCCUGCAGUGUGACUUCAUCAUCCAUAUGCUGGGGCCCCAUUCUGUGGCCGACGCCUCCACACGGGUGACCAAAGUACUGCAACGCUGCGAGGAGAAAACCAUCACUACAGUGUCAUUCCCUGCUGUUGGAACUGGUGGCGGUGGCUUGACGGGCACUGACUCGGUGGGGGCCAUACUGCAGGGCAUUGACGACCACUUGUCUCAGUGCACCUCUACUGUCUUGAAGCUGAUCUACAUAGUUGUUGACCAGGACAGGAUCCUGCAGGAGUUUGAGCAGGGCCUUAACCAGUGGAAGUCAAAUCAGCAGAUGUUGAAAGAUGAGGAGGAUGAUGAGGAUGAGGAUGACACCACUACUUCAGAGGAAGAUGACAGCACUGACCAAACAUCAGCCACAACUGAAGCCAUGAUUGGACCAGUUAAAGUCAAACUGUUUUGUGGUGACAUUACAAAGGAGAAAACAGAUGCCAUCGUCAGCAGCACCAACACAAGCCUCACUCUCAAUACAGGCGUGUCAGGGGCCAUCCUGAAAGCAGCAGGGCAAACAGUGGUGGAUGAGUGCAGCGCACUGGGAACCCAACCCAGUGAUGGUGUUGUCAUCACCAAACCUGGCAACCUCCCUACCAAGCACAUUAUUCACAUGGUGGGCCGGACCAAGGAGGCAGACAUCACCAGCUCCAUGCUCAAAACCUUAAUGAUGUGUGAAAGCCACAAACUCCAGUCUGUUUCCUUCCCAGCGCUUGGUACAGGGGCUGGAAACCUAGGGGCACUGCAGGUUGGGGGUGCAAUGAUCGCUGCCAUUCAAGAACUCUUAAAAACUGUGAAAGCACCAUCCCUUACAAGUAUUCACAUUGUGAUAUUCCAAAGCAAGAUGAUGAAGGAUUUUCAAGUGGUCAUGAAGAAACUCAAGAAGGUGACUCCCAAGGCAGCAGCUGCCAAAAGGCUUCGGAAACUUCAUCCAAAAAGCCAUACAUUUUCUACCGUACACCCCAAGCAGCCCACCCUGUGUCUAGCCAGCACCUGCAGAGCAGUAUCCUUCCCUGCUGUUGAGAUUGUGGUGACGGGGCGCUCUACUGCCAGCCUGGCCCAAGUAAAGAAGAUGAUUGAUAAGCUGCUGUCUGAUGAGUGCUACAGUGAGGACCUGAUUUCCAGCCAGCUGUCCUCCCUCCUGGAGCCAGAGAAGCAGGCCAUCGUGGAUUUGAGCAAGAAGAGCCAGGUAUCCAUCGAGGUUGUCGGUAAGGACAAGGCCAUCAUCUCUGGGAAGAAAGACGACGUUCUGGGUACGGCCCUCAAAAUCAACAGCCUCCUGCAGAAAGCUAAGGAGAGGGAGACCAGGGAAGGAGAAGAAAGGAGGCUCCGGGAGACGGUGCGGUGGGAGGCUGGGGACGGCGAGGACUGGGAAGAACUGGACCAGAGCAUCAGUUUGGACCUGGAACACGCAUUCCAUGACAAAAAACCCAGCUUCAGCUACAAGCACCAGGGAGAAACAUUUACUAUGGAUCUCAGAAAGAUGCAGCGGGUGGACCGCAACGGAACCAUCACACACUUGAAGAGGACCCUGAAGGCUGAUUCCGACACAGCUGUUAUACAGCCUCCACGCACCUGGACCAGAAUGGUUAAUAAGGACAUGGAAAUGAUUGACUUGGCUCCAGCCUCAGGGGAGUACAAGAAAGUUGAGGCAGGAUUUAUUCUGACAUCAAAAAACCUUGCACUUCCCACCCAGCAGACUGUGGAGGUGGUCAAGAUCCAGAGGAUUCAGAAUAAAUACCUGUGGCAGAGGUAUGCAGUGAAGAAACAAAUCCUGGACAAGAAAUAUCCCACCAACAAGAAUGAGUUGAACCUCUACCACGGCACCACUGCAGACAUCUGCCACAAAAUCAACAGCACUGGCUUCAACAGGAGCUUCUGUGGGAGAAAUGCCACUGUAUAUGGCAACGGCACCUAUUUCGCCAAAGAAUCAUGGUACUCAUGUCAAGACACUUACUCUAACCCAGAUGUCAGUGGGUUGAAGUACAUGUACCGAGCAAGAGUCCUGGUGGGCAAACCCUGCAAGGGGCUCCAGGGCAUGAAGGAGCCGAGCCCCCUGAGCGCCAGCAACCCGCAGGCCGGCCUGCACGACUCUGCCGUGGACGACCUCCAGAAACCCUUCAUCUACGUGGUGUUCUGUGACGCCGGCGCUUACCCAGAAUACCUCAUCAGCUUCAAAACCAAAUAAGACUGGACUGAUAUGACACCACAGUAUUAUUACUGAGGUUGUAGUUUGCAGAGGUCUUGUACUGGACUACAUUAUAUUGAGAGGUGUUUCUAGUUUUUUU